AUGUUCAAUAAUCGACACAAAUUUAUCCUGGUUUUGCAAUUCGCUGCUGUUUUUUCGUGUGCAACCCUUCCACUAUUGCAAACCUACGGUGGCCAUACUUUUGUGCUGCAUAAAAUGACCGAAUGCAAGGGCGGUAAAGUCUACGAAAUUAGAAAUGUUCAGGACUAUGACCAGUGUAGAGCAGCGUGUAUGCAGUUCAACUGUGCCGCAGUCAACGUUUUUCAGUUAGGCGAAUUCGAGUUCGUUUGCGAAAUUCUUGAAGAUGUCGAGGGAAUGGUUCCCGCACAAGGAGCUGCUUGUUAUGCACCAUUCUAA